GUCACCCUACAUCCGGUCCUUUCUACGACGAUAACCCUUAGUAGAAAGCGUGUUAUACGUUUCGUGUCUUGAAAGACUUAAUAGUAAGUAAAAUUGUAGUUAUAAUUUACCGAUAUUUGUGCGAGUCUCGUAUUAUAUUUCUAGAUAAACUUCUAUUAAUAGUCUACGAUAAAUUAAUACGUUGAUUUAAAUGAAAAGUCCGACUACGGCUACUACUGUCUUAAGUUGAAGUAGUCAAGUUAAAAAAAUGUUACCUGUAACUGUAAGCGUACUGGGUAACAUUUUUACUUGAAGUUUAAAGAAGAAAGAUCAGUAACAGUACCAACAUAUCUAAGUCCAUAUGCCUUACAAGUUUACAUUUGUAGUAACAUUAUCAUUUGUCAUGAUUAGUAAUAUAGGCUAGGUACUUUGGUUAGAAAAUUAAAACUUUUUGUAAAAAUAAACCAUGCCAAUGGCAUGAAUAGAGCUAAUUUUUUUUUAAAGAAUUGUAACGCCAAAAUCAUAUUUUUGCUGUUGUAGUUUUAAAGUUAUUAAUUUUUAAAGUUCGACUUAAUUUGUCCUUUUUUAACGUUAACAUGGACCGGAUCUCCACAUUCUGUGACCCAAUUGAAAUAUAUUGAAAUGAAAUUUUCCAUUAAUUUGUAUUAAAAUUCAACUUACAUACACCUUUCAAAAGAAAGGAAAAAAGAAACACAACCCCAAAGCCCAAUACCAGUGGAAAAAAUCAAAACAUCCAUAUGUUGAAACUUAGGUAACAAAAAGGAGACUAUUGCUUAAAUUGCAUUUGGAAUGAUCUUCUAGGGAUUUAAUUUUGGAGGGGAGACCCCCUCCCUCACUCUAAAUACCAAAAUAAGAAACAAAGAAAUCCUCUGGGAAGGGAGACCCCCUCCUCCAGAACUCUUCCCCAAUUUAACAAAAAAUAUAAAUGCAUUAUGUGAAUACAAAAAUCAAAAUCUUUUUAGAAUGGCACUGUAGACGGAAGUGGGCCAGGGGGAAUCUCAGUGACCUUUAUACCGUCUGCCUUACCGUUAACUCAAAAAUCGACCGUAUAGUCAUUAUAUAAGUGGCUGUGAAUGGUUUCCCAAUGCAACGUUUUGCACACUGCCAAUUAUGAUAAUUUAUAAUAUAGGCUCUUCCAGUUUUUUAAAGCUCAAAUUAGGAUAUUCUUGUUUAAAUGUCUUCCAAGUUCACUCUUAAACAUAAGUUAUCCAAACAUUUUGAUGUUAAACGUGAUAAUUGAAUAUUUCUCAAGUAUCGACAACUUCCACCAUUAAAAAGAGGGCGUGGUCCUAUCCAUCGAAAUUGGGGUAAGCGACACUAUGAUUGGGGAUAAUAUUAGAUAAUUAAUAAUGGGCGUAUUGAUUUUUUUUGUCUUGAUGCUUUGAAGUUAUCAGCUUAUUAAGGUAAAAUUUGUAUUUCUGUGCCACAGUGAUCAGUGAUAUAUUUUAGUUGAGAUAAGGGCAUUUGACCAAAAUUAUGCUCAAAGAGUUCUUUGUUGCAUGACUUGAGACUGUGGUGUUUUACUACAUGCCUCUUGUCAUCAGCAUGUGGUCAAAAGUCCAAUAUUAAUGAAACCAGGACCAUAGUGCUGACUUCAGUAACCUAUACUGAUAUUCAGUCUCCAGUUGCUGGUACAUCUAUUGUAAUUUCAGUUCUUUUAAUUAAAAUAAAUUUCCUGUUUUAUAAUUAGUGUUUCAACACAUUGGUGUCACACUUGUAAUGGUAAAGAUAUGUAGGUAGUUUUGAUAUUUUAUAGGCUGUAGGUCCCCCUAUAUUUUAUAUUUCUUAAAUUUAUCUAGGAUAUCUUUUAGUAGUUAAUAUAAUUGCCUUGAUGCUUGAAAAUGUUUACAUUGCCAAAUAUAGAUUUCUAACAAUGUUAAUUUGUAACAAAAUUCUGAUUUUCCAAUAUGAAAUUUCACUCCCUUCAUCAAUUUUGAAAACCAGCAAGUGUGAAGAUCCUUGAUUGUUAAUGAAUAGAGUCGAAAAUAAUAUAAUGUCCUUAAAAUUUUAACAGGCAGAUGGCUUAUGCAACUUAUGGGUUGGUUUUUUGACAAUUUUUAUAGCUUGAAAUUGAUAUAAAUGCCUUUUUCUUAGAUGGAGUAUUUUCAAUAUUACAUUUCUUCCAGUUUUAAAUUAAAUGAUUAAUUCUAUGUAAGAGAUUCAUAAAGAAAACUAAAAGGGUUUCAUUAAUACUAAUGAAUAAAAUAAUUUCAGUUCAUCAGAAUGCGUUACGUAGCCGCUUACCUUCUUGCCAACCUCGGUGGCAAAGCUUCACCAUCUGUAGCAGAUAUUGAAAAGAUUCUUAGCAGUGUGGGUAUUGAGGUCGAAGCUGAAAAGAUCAACAAGAUCAUCAAUGAACUUAAAGGAAAAAACAUUGAAGAGUUGAUUGCUGCAGGUAAAUUUCAAUUUUCAGAUUGUUUUAUAAAAUUUAUUGCACCUGUCUAAUUCGCUAAGCUUCUAUUUCAACUUACCUGUAUUAUGCAUGUCAUGUGCUUAAAAAAAUGGGAGAGAAGCUCACUUCUACUUUUAAGCUUUUUCUUAACCCUUUACAGUCCGAUGCGCCCGAAAUGCGCCGAUUUUUUCCUUAAGCCUACAGUCCGAUGCGGCCGAACCCGCCCGUUUCGAGGUGUUUACUUUCGUUCUUAGCACAGCGGAAAUCCAUUGCUUUUUUUCCUUAAGCCUACAGUCCGAUGCGGCCGAACCCGCCCGUUUCGAGGUGUUUACUUUCGUUCUUAGCACAGCGGAAAUCCAUUGCGCAUUACUAUUUAUAGUUCUACCGGAAGAAAGCCUCGUUGUCGGCAUUUAUUUCGAUACUAGUUUGACCGCGGUGUGUUUAGGGGCUGAUUUUCUAAGAUUUUUUUAAAAGUCGCGAUUUUUUCGCUGUAAAAAAUGGCUAUCUAAGCCUUGGAUACACUUUUGAAAGAACUUAGGCCUAAUGAAGCUUCACUAUUUCAUGAGUGGGAGGGUCUCUGAAACUAUUUUUAGGUUUAACUUUUGCUUUAAUCAUUUCUUUGUAUUUAGGUAGUUAUUUUAUUUUGUUGCUUCUAGUUUAUUUUCUGUAAAUUAAUUAAAGAACCUUCAUUUAAAAUGGAGUUAUGUCCCUUUGCUUGGGCGCUGGGAGUAGACAAGGCUGAAUAGGUUUGGACUGUAAAGGGUUAACUUAAUCACAUGGCAAAAUUGAGGUUUAUAAAGUUAAAGUCAACAGACCUGUUUACCCUCAAACUCUUAAAAUCGUACAAUAUCAUCACAAAAUCGUUCAAUACCUUAUAUUUAAAGUAAAAAAUAAACAUACAGUAUAUAAUGUUUACACCUCCAAAUCGUACAUUGUUCGCCAAAAUCGUAAGAGUAAACAGGUCUGAGUCAACGUCUUUUUAUGAUAGCUACCGGUACUGGGGAAAAAAUCAGUAUACUUUGUAUUAUCUUCCUUUGUGGUUUUGCAGGCUUUUUCAGCACUUAAAAAUUUUGAUGGUACAAUGGGUAGUGUCUGAAAUGUACUAUUGCACAUUGGAAACUAAGAUGCCUUGUGUAUGUAACUAAAUCUGUAACAUAUUACACUUUCCUGAUGCUGCACUAGGAUCACCUGAAAAUUUGUUUUCUAAACGAGUCUCAUAGCCUAUAUUUUAAUAUGUUGAAAUAUUUAAUUUUUUGUUAUACAUAUAUUUGGUCUGGCUUUAUAUGAUCGAAGCUUUUUAUACAUCUUAUUUUGCAUAAUUUCUGCCCAGUUCUCAAAGUCUAUCAUGUGACUGUUACUGUAUUCAAAAAGAGCUAUAUCCAUAUCAUAUAACUUGUAGUUUUGGCAAGAUAAAACAUCUGGUCACACCUACCGUUAAUUUUUGGGAAGAUGAUUUUACAUAAUCAUACCAGUAGUCACCAUGUUGUUGAAAUAUUACAUUUAUAUGCGGAUUAUAAAAAUUUAUCUGCACAUUUUGAUAAAUUUAGGGUACUUUGAUCUCAAAUGGAUAAAAUGUUUAAGCAUUCUUGGAUGGUACUGGUACCAGCAUCUGAAUUAACAUAUUUUUUAAUUUUAUAAUUUUUUUUCAGGAGCCAAGAAACUUGCUUCUGUACCCUCUGGUGGUGCCGUUGCUGCUGCAGCAGUUAGUGCUGCCCCUGCUAAAGGUGGUGCUGCUCCUGCCGCAGCUGCACCUGCUGCAGGUAUGUACUUACUUAGUCUAUUGCUCUUAUUAAAAUUAAGUCUGGUGACUUUUUGGAAUGUCAUUUAUUUAUAUAUUUUGAAAUAGACCUCUUAUUGUUCAUAUUACCUCUGGACUUCAGUGGCUCUUAAUUUCUUUGUGAUCAUGUUGGUGUUCUUAAAUUGAGAUAUUUGUUUUUUUAUACAUGACAGCUGUUUAACAAUUAUUUUUGUUUGUCUACAUAGCAGAGAAAAAAGAAGAGAAGAAGAAAGAGGAGUCAGAAUCAGAAGACGACGACAUGGGCUUUGGACUGUUUGACUAGACUUACUUUUUUAUUCAAUAAAAUGUACAAGCCCAUUUAAAUAUUUGUGCUGUUUAUUCAUUAGUACCGGUAGCGUUCUCUAUGGUAUGAACAGUUUGACUAGAUUAGCCACGUGUGAGAGAUGUACGAUAUAUUGUAUAUAUACAGGACUGUGACUUUGUAUCAGAUCCAUGUUUUAUAAUUUAUAGCUAACAUAAAAGGGAUUUUAGCAUUGCAUAAGAUUAUGAAAAUUAAACCAUAC